GCAUAUUAUCACAAGUACAACUACCUCUCAAAAUAAAUGCAAAAUAUAUAUAAACAAGGUAUUAUAAUUUGUUUAUAAUCACAUGAAAAUGUCUGGAAUUAAUUUGUUAUUCCUCGUAGUUCUUUCCGUUUUUGUUUCUUUAUUAGCGGAUGCCUACGAUCCCAACCCGUUGCAGGAUUUCUGCGUAGCUGUCAAGGAUUCCGAUGCUGCUGUGCUUGUGAAUGGGAAGAUAUGCAAGGACCCGAAAACAGUGACAUCAGACGACUUCUACCAUACGGGUCUGAACAAACCCGGGGAAAUAAUAAGUCAAUACGGGACAAAAGUGAGUCUUGUUUUUAUCAAUCAGCUAGCUGGUCUCAACACACUCGGAAUUUCUUUAGUACGAAUCGACUUUGCAGUUGGGGGAGUAAACCCACCGCACUCGCAUCCACACGCAUCCGAAGUUCUUCUAUGUACGGAAGGCACUCUUUAUGCGGGCUUCAUUUCAUCGAACCCUUCGAAUCCAGGUGACAAAAACAGGCUAUUUGCAAAGAUAUUGAAUCCAGGAGAUGUAUUCGUGUUCCCAAAGGGUCUGAUUCAUUUCCAGUACAACCUCGGAAACGAAACGGCAGCUGCAAUAGCUAGUCUUAACAGCCAAAAUCCAGGUGUCGUCACUUUAUCUAAAUCCGUGUUUGGAUCUGAUCCUCCAGUGAUGCCUGAAGCUCUCGUUAAGGGAUUCCAGCUCGACAUCGAAGUUGUUCGCCAGCUCCAAUCGCUCACCUGGAUCGGAAAUGCUAUGAAGAUGACUCUUGUCUCCCUCACAGUUGUAUUUGUUCUUGCAUCUUUUGCUACAUUGGGAUAUGCAUCCGAUCCCAGUCCUCUCCAAGAUUUCUGCGUUGCUGUUAAGGAUGCCGACGCUGCUGUUUUUGUGAAUGGGAAGAUUUGCAAGAACCCUGAACUGGUUGUGGCCGAAGAUUUCAUUUACCGGGGACUGAAUAAACCCGGAAAUACGUCAAAUCCAAUUGGAUCAAGGGUCACUCCUGUCAAUGUCAACCAACUACCUGGGCUGAACACUUUGGGCAUUUCUGCUGUACGUAUAGACUAUGCACCAAACGGUCUAAACCCACCCCACACUCACCCACGUGCCACCGAGAUUCUUGUGGUGUUGGAAGGCACUCUUUAUGUUGGCUUUGUCACUUCAAAUCCAGCUAACCCCGCCAUUAAAAACAAGCUCUUCGCUAAGUAUUUGUACCCUGGGGACGUUUUUGUCUUUCCAGAGGGUUUGAUACAUUUCCAAUUUAAUGUGGGAAAGACCAACGCGGUUGCCUUUGCUGGUCUGAGCAGCCAAAAUCCAGGUGUCAUUACUGUUGCGAACGCGGUGUUUGGUUCGGAUCCACCAAUUAAUCCAGCCGUUCUGACAAAGGCAUUCCAGGUCGAGAAGAACGUGAUCGACUAUCUUCAAGCACAGUUCUGGUGGAACAUUGAUUAAAUACAAAGUUGAUCAUCAUAUAAAAGAAUAGAAGUGUUUACUGUUUAAUUAAGCUAAUAAAUUAUAUUGUCUGAAAUAAAAGAAUAGAAGUGUUUACUGUUUAUGUACUCUGUGUGUGUACUUCAUUUGUCACAAUAAAUGAUAUUGAGAUUCAAUUA